AUGACUGCCGAGAGCCGCUUGCCGCCGGGCCCCCCGCCGCCACCCCCGCCGCUGAAGGCGGACGCGGCAUCGCCGGGGGAGGACGCGGCGGUGGCGGCGGCGGCGGCGGGGACACGGGGAGGGCGGCGACGGCGCAAACGUCCGGCGGAGCGGGGCAAACCUCCGUACAGCUACAUCGCCCUCAUCGCCAUGGCCAUCGGGCAGGCUCCCGAGCGGCGGCUGACGUUGGGGGGCAUCUACCGCUUUAUCACGGAGCGCUUCCCCUUCUAUCGCGACAGCCCCCGCAAGUGGCAGAACAGCAUCCGACACAACCUCACCCUCAACGACUGCUUCGUCAAGGUGCCGCGGGAGCCGGGACGCCCCGGCAAGGGUAACUACUGGACGCUGGACCCCCACGCCCGCGAUAUGUUCGAGAGCGGUUCCUUCCUCCGCCGGAGGAAACGCUUCAAGCGCAGCGACCUCUCCACCUACCCGGCUUUCCUCGCCGAGCGCCCCGCCGCUCCCUUCCCGCUGCCUGCACCGCCGCCCAACGCCGACCUGACCCCAGCCCCUGCCGCCGCCUCUUGCGCCUUCGCCGCCGCCGCCUUCCCCGCUCAGGGCUGCGCCGCUGCUGCCCUGCCGCACGCCUACGCCCCGCUGCCCACCGGCCCCGGCCCCUACGCCCCAGCCGGCCCCGGUCAGUUGUACGCGCCGUCGGGGCGCAUCAUGCUUCCCGCAUCGCCAUCCGCCCCCGCCGGACUCUACGGCCGCCGCUCCCCUGCGCCCUACCCGCCGCUGCCCCACUCCUACGGCACCGGCGGGCAGCUGGGUCCCUCCGAGCCGGGACCGCGGCACGGCUUCUACCCCGGUGGACCGGACAGAUUUGUCCCGGCGCUUUAA